UCCCUCUUCGCCUCCUCCUCCUCCUCGCCGUGGCUGCCGCUUCAGUUGCUCGGACUGCGUCGCCUCCAUUCCCUCCACCCCACCGGGCUGAGUUCCUCCUCCUCAUCCUCCUCAUCCCCCUCAUCCCCCUACCCCUGUCGGCCUCCCGUCAUUUCCCCCCUCCACUACCUCCACACAGAGGUCGCAAUCGGGUACCCGAUACCCGUACCCUACCCGAUACCCGGCUACCCGUACCUGGACGGGUCAUGAAAUGCUGUUUUGACUGAGGAAAUAAUAGCCUUGGCUGUUCUCCCAUCAUCGUCGGCCAUGUCUGCCACUCCAGCGCCACCAUCGGCCAUCGAGAACAUCUCCCGCAGAGACGCCGAGAGAAAGACGGAGGUUGAGCGCCGUCGCCGGGAGGACGAGGUUGACCUGGCGCCGGGGGAGCAGGCCGACCGCUUCGGGGCGACCUUCAGCACCGAGACGGCGGCCCUGGAGGCGCUGCUGCUGCGGGGUGCCGUGGAGGAGGCCGCAGGACGCGCCUCGGCCUUGCAGGACCUCGUCAACCAGGCCACGCUCUACCUGCCGGCGUACUGCCUACGUCAGGCGCAGGGCAGCCUCGACUCCUUUUUGGCCAGGAUCAGGGCCAAACGGGAUGAGGCGGCGCCCAAGAAGAAGUUCGCCUUCAAAGCUCGAAGCAAGAAGGAGGCGGCGGUGGAGAAGGACGAGACCGACGACAAGGUGGAGGCGCCGCCGGCGACGGAUGGCCAACACAAGCGGUCGACCAAGUUCGACCUGGUCCAGUGUGGCUUCCACGACCUGGUCGGGCAGAAGCUGACGGAGCGCGGCGACCGGCUGUCCGGCACGGACUGGGCCCUGGGGAACCUGUCCGGCUGCACUGUGGCGCUCCUGGGCUCCCCGAGCACCCUGCAUAUCACGGGCGUCAGGGACUGCGUGGUGCUGUGUGGGCCCGUGGCCACGUCCGUGUUUCUGGACGACUGCAAAGGGUGCAAGGUGGUGGUGGCCUGCAGGCAGUUCCGCGCCCACCGCUCCGAGGACACAGACUUCUACGUGGACGUGGCCAGCAAGGCCAUCAUCGAAGACUGCGUCCGAGUGAGGUUCGCGCCCUACAACCUGAGCUACCCGGGCCUGGACAGCCACUUCAAAGAUGCGAGGAUGGAGGGUCACGGCCAGACGUGGAACGGAAUCAACGACUUCAACUGGCUGGCAGACGUGCCCUCUCCCAACUGGAGCAUGAUCCCAGAAGAUGAGAGGGUACCCACGUGGAAUGUGGAUGCGGUGUGAUGAGCAUCGGUCAUAGUUCACCUCCGCGGCGUCACCACAAAUGCUUGUGCCAGGCUGGGUGCACUUGAGGCCACUUCAAGUGCUUGAAUGCUCGCUUGCAGGUAACGGGACGGGCUCAGGUGUGUUUUUUUCCAGUGGGAAAAAACACAGCUGGUAACUGCUCCCGAUUGUGCCAACUCGCUGUUUAAUCUGCCCAGCGCUCUGUUUGCGGUGAGACGACACGGAGAGAAAAAAUGCACUCGGCUACACGACCGUUCUGUGGCAGACUAAAAAAAAUUCGCAAGCGAUCAAUUUCAAAUUAGUUAGUUACACUGAAAGGUUGUGGAGUUAUUUAAAUGUACACUACAGCCCUUGUGUUCAUUCACCGCUGGACGAGGGCCUCCCCACACGCUGUGUGGGUGGUGGGUGUUAUUUGACCAUACUUCACCACACCGGUCAGUGAGGAUUGCAGGCGGGGGGGGGGGCAUCCAUAAAUGUGGGAACAAGUGCAGUAGUGAAUUUUUAUGCAUUGCUUUCUGCCCAUAACGUUAGCCCUGCUGCAACCUUCAGCGCCUGCUUGUGGCACACACAUACACACACAAGCAGCAGGCAGGCAUAACUCUGCUCAGCAUCUGAGAUUUGACGAGAUCAGCGCAUUUCGGGGCAGUUUGGUCAAAGGCAUCAACUGUUCUUUAUUAACAUUCGCAUCAACACUUGAGCUCGCGUGUAAUAAACAAUGAAGGCAUUCCAUUGUUGAGUUUGAUUGGCAGUAAAAGUUGCGCAUUUCUUUCGAUGUUAACAAAGUUGCUUAGGCACAGAGGUCAAAAAUGCAAAAUUGGCCACCAACAGAGAGCACUUAAAGAGGUUUCUUGAAAUUAUUGUUAAAAUGACUCUUUAAAACUGUUGUCAUGCAUGUGUGCUACGAUUGUAUGAGCAAAAAAACAUUUAAAAGUGUUGCUGGGGUUAACUGAACUAAUGUGCGCAAUACAGAUGGUGACGGUAGGGCCCGGGGCGUAUGCUCUGCUCACGCCGCUACUAAGUGAGCCCCCGUCGAGGGUUUUUGGUCUACCCUUCCACGCUGGUGUAUUUGACAGUAAAACGAGACUGGAACAACCUCUUGUAAUCGGCGACCAUUUGCUGAAUCGCACGAGCAGAGAAAAAUAAUUGCUUGCUAUUGGCAUUACCACAAAAAUGCGGCGUGUGGAGACUUGGUUCUCGUUAGAUUUUGCGUGUGCAAUAAAAUUUAAAAAAGCUAAACUGACGAGCAUUAUUUAUUUGUGUGAUUUUAAAACUGUCCCGAAAAUUGUCAUUGGCGACAUUCCAGGGUCCUAAAGUGCAGUGUACAAACUAG